CGUUGCGCAAGGUUGCGGUGCGCGUGAUUGAUGCUCAGAUAGCCUACAUGGCUCAAUACCGAUUAGGCCUAAAUGUUUGAGAAUUGCCACGAUUUUCACUUGAUUCUGCAUCAGCUCUGACUAAAAAUGGUGUCGAAUGUCUAAAAGUAAGUCAAUAGACAACCACAGUUCAACGUAUUUUUCCAUCUAUGCUUCCCCUGUGUUCUUUGUUGUUUGGUGAGCAGCACUGUAUUUUUUCUCUCCAUAUCUCAGCCUCCAGUCAAGAGACCGUUUGCGCACAGGUGGGAGAUACCCGCUCUAUAGGACAGCCCCCCUCCCUCCGUUUCUCAGCGGAUGAUGUGAGCAAGUGACAUUUUGCCGUUGCGGUUCGGGACAGCAGGCGAAUAGUCUCUGCAAACAGGUGUGCGGCUGCCCGAAUCAGUUUCCUACGCCUUUAUUCCAGCUGACAAGGAAAGGGAGAAAGCCAUCGUAGUUGCGGAACCAUCCUCCUCGACGCGGGACGGGAGAGGAGGGGGAAACCUGCAUAAUAGCUAUUUUAUUAUUUGAAGAGCCAAACGGGUUAUAAGAUCGAACGCUAUGGCAACAAAAAAAUCAUCGUGCACGGAUGUAACGAAAAGGAGCCGGAGUCCCGUCGUUUUAGGAGCGGAGAUGUUCAGUGAAUUUCAGGACUGGUGCCUCCGGACAUAUGGGGACUCGGGUAAAACAAAGACCGUCACCCGGCGAAAAUACAACAAAAUCAUGCAGACACUGUUGCAAAACGAAGAAUCGGACGGCAUGUAUGUCGACAAUAGCCACAUCAAUGCCAAAUUCAAAUUCUGGGUGAAGUCGAAAGGGUUUCAGGUCGGGAGCAACAUUCUGGGAGAGCACAAGAAAGGAGCGUCAGGGAAGCCCGUCCUAUAUGUCCCAGUCAAGUCAACGUGUGCAGAUGCAGGCUCGGCCCAGGACAGCUCAUCCCUGAAGAGGGUGGCAGUGGUGGAGGACUUCUUCGACAUCAUCUAUGCCAUGCAUGUGGAGAUGGGUGCCGACCCUGGUAGAGCACCUAAACACGCUGGCCAGAAGAAGACCUAUAAAGCAAUAGCGGAGACGUACGCCUUCCUGCCCAGGGAGGCAGUGACACGCUUCCUAAUGAACUGUGGAGAGUGUCAGAAGAGGAUGCACAUCAAUCCCAGCACUGCAGAGUUCAAAGAAAAUGAUCGACCAACCUCCUUGGUUCCGGACCUCAUUGACUACAACAUGCCACUGACUGCCACCUACCUGAAACAGAUGAAACUACAGUGCAUGACUGCCAAUGAGCGGGAUGACAGUUCGGUGAGCAGUGAGGACAUGGAUAUGACUGAGCCCACGUGGGUCUCUGCUGAGCGUCCCCCUGUCCCUGAGCUCAGUCCCCCCAAUGGAGAGAGUGUACAAAGCCCACAGACCACACUCAAAGAGGAGGAUGAUGAUGACUCCUCUGAGUGUGUCAGUGGCCACGGUCUGCCAGCCCUGACCCCUCCGGAGGUGAUGGUUGUGGGCGCUGUCCCUCCAGAUGGAUUGGCUCCGUACAGGGAGGUGACUGAGAACGGGGUGAGUGCUCCCCUGGACUUCAGCACCACCACCUCCUCCUCUUCCUCCUCAGAGGACCAGCAACCAGUCAAUCUGACCGACAGAUUGCUGCCUGUGGGGAGCCCUGUUGGGACGCCCUACCUAACUGACUCCACCAGGAAGUGCCCCGGGAAUCCAGACUACGGCAACAAGUCUCCUCAGUACAGCUCCGGAAGCUAUGACUCAGUGAAGACUGAACUGAGCAUGAGCGCUGAGGACUUGACCUCUGGGCGUGCUCAGAUCAUUGAUGAUGAUGAUGAUGAUCACGACGACCAUGACGACAGUGACAAGAUCACUGAUGCAGAGGGAAUGGACCCAGAGAGGCUGAAAGCCUUCAAUAUGUUUGUUCGUCUGUUUGUGGAUGAGAACCUGGACCGCAUGGUGCCCAUCUCCAAGCAGCCCAAGGAGAAGAUCCAGGCCAUCAUUGAGUCAUGCAGCCGACAGUUCCCUGAGUUCCAGGAGCGCUCCCGCAAGCGCAUCCGCACCUACCUCAAGUCCUGCCGCCGUUUGAAGAAGGUUGGUUUUGAGACACGGCCCACACCACCCCACCUCACCUCUGCCAUGGCAGAGAACAUUCUUGCCGCUGCUUGUGAAAGUGAGACACGCAACGCUGCCAAGAGGAUGCGACUAGAUGUCUAUCAAGGCCCUGAGGAACUUGCUACUGUUGAUAAGAACGGCUCCAGGGACCCGGCCCCAGGGGCCCCCUCAGGCUUCUCCCUGGCUGCCUCAGCCUACUCCCAGUCCCAGGACCCAGUCUACACCAACGGCACCAACGGAGGCCUCAACUACAGCUUCCACAGUUACGGGGCAAUCGGCAACAACCUGCCUACCACCGGUGCCACCACACAGACCAAUGGUCCCACUGAUCUCAGUAUGAAGUCUGUGGCUCCCACCUCCUCCUCUUCCUCCAGUUCUAACAGUCACGGUGGUCAGGGUGGAGGCGGGGGAGGAGCCUCGGCUCAGCUCAGCCCCCCUGAGGUCACAGCGGUGCGGCAGCUCAUCGCCGGGUAUCGAGAGUCUGCCGCCUUCCUGCUCCGCUCCGCAGAUGAGCUGGAAAGCCUAAUCCUGCAGCAUAACUGAAACAGAACCAGGCCAGACCGGGCCGAACCGUCUCCCCAGACUCUCCAUCUGCACUAUCACCCUCAGUGAGACAUCUACACACUCAACUGAAUAAAGAGUCAAAGUAAAGAAUACGAGUAAAACUGCAUUGCACAAUUGGGCCAUAUACAGCAGAUGGUAGAUAUAUGGUACACAUUCACAGUUUAUAUAUCACAGGAGCAGAAACAAUGAAAAGAAGAAUACAAUCCAUAAUUUCACACUGAUCUUAGUGCCCAGUUAACUUCUGCUAUUCCCAUAACAAACCUACACCCUACCCACUUCACCCAUUCCCCCAGAAACACCCCGAAGUCUUUUCUAAGCUCUGAGGAGGUAAUUUUCAAACAUGUAUUGCUGCUUCAGAUUUGACCUUCUGUAACUGAUUGUCGUAAGAACGGGACCAAGGCACAGCGGAUGUUGAGUUCCACAUAUUUAUUACAAAGUGAAACUUUAAGCAAAAACAAUAAACGAACACCGAAACGUGACUACGUGGUGCACAUGCACAAACACAAAACAAUAUCCCACAAACACAGGUGGGAAAAAUAGCUACUUAAAUAUGAUCCCCAAUUAGAGGCAAUGAUUACCAGCUACCUCUAAUUGGGAACCAAACCAAAACACCAACAUAGAAAUUUUAAACUAGAACACCCCCUAGCCACGCCCUGACCUACUACACCAUAGAGAACCAAGGGCUCUCUAUGGUCAGGGCGUGACACUGAUCUGUUCAUCUCAACAGUAGUUUUUAAAGUUUGAAGAUUUAGGUAUGCAAGCAGGGAUGUUAAACCUGUAGGGUAAAGCACUGUAAUGUUUCCAAGCCUUAAGGCUUUGGAUUGUAGGCAAAAGGUUACUGCUUCUGGGAAAAGUGUGGAACAAGGUGCAAUAUGGAAGAUAAUCAGUAAAUGUGCAUGCGUGGAUAUGCCAUUUGGCAAGUCAAGCCAAUAUCCACAUAGUCAUGAUGGCUUUUUGCGAGACUUUGUGCAAAAGGAGGUCUUCUUAUGGUACCUCUACCUCCUCCCCAUGCUUUCAGUCUCAGUGUGAUGAGCUAAACUGAAAAACAAACAUCCCAUACUUUGUGAGGCUCCACUGGGAGCAGAAACAUUAGUUGUCAAUCAGAAUGCUCUAUAAAUGGAAGGGGGAAAGGAAGAAAUAAUAUCCCAUGGCAGCACUGUAGCUUCAUUGUUGUUUGUUUUGAACGUUGCUCUUCUUUGUCUCUAAUAUAACUGAAGUCUUUCAUUGAAUGGCACCAAUCAGACAAAUGUGAAUAGGACACAGAAUGAUCUGAAACUUGAGAAUAUUUCAUAGUCCAAUCGUAAGAGUUUUGUAAGAGUUUGUGUUGGUUUAAGUCAGUCAGAUAUGAACAGCACAUGGUUGCGUAUGGACUUUGUCUCAUGAACGUCAUGUGGUCGUGUCAUGGAAUUGUAUGAGGAAUGCAUUGCGCUCCUUGUAACAGCUGUUGGCCUGCUAUAGAAAAAGAUUUCCCUCCAUAUCCCACCAUAUCCUCUCUGCCUCAACUCCUCUUUCUUACCCGUCUUUGCAUUUCUCAUCAACAGAAAUUGCGCUAUCAAACACAACACUGUUUAAAAAAAAGUAGCAAAAGACAAUCUUGAAAAUGUGUGAUCGCAUCACAGUUUACUCUCACAAUUCUUGCUAUGGUGUGUGCGCUGUACGUGGGGGGCAGCACAGAGUACCGUAGCCAUAAGCAGAGCACAUCCUUUCUCUGAACAGAUACACAGACAGGCCAGUCAGUGGAGCACUCAGCACUAAGAAAUGUGUAGUAAGAAUUCUAUUUAUCUACUUUUGUUAUUGUUGUUGAAUGUUAGCAUUACUGUGUGUUGUUUUUGAUUUCUGUUUGUUGUGUGAAGUGAUGUGGAGUGGCCCGUUUCAACGCUCUUUUGUACGAGACAUUGUAAACAAGUUUGCUCUGUAAACUUAACAUUCGAAAACAAAGAAAACAAUUACUUCACGCAAUCAACCUGGUCAGCACCUUAUAGAUUUGUCAGAUAAUUCAUACCAGAGAGGAAUAUAUUUCAGUGUCAUUUAUCAUAAAUGAUUGAAGUCAGCAGCACAUAUAUUAACUAAACUGCUGGGAUGAUCAAUCCAAGAACCGGUCAGUCUAUGUUAAAGUGACAUGCACAAAAUAAUCUGUCAUUUAUUCAUGGUCACCAUCCAUGACAUAAUUGGACUGCUUUAUUAUAUUUCAAAUGUAUAAUCUAUUGCAAGUUUGGAAGCACUUUACAGCUCAGGAUAAAAUAACAUGGUACAUUUUUGUAACCGGACGUUGUUACAGAACAUCAUACUUGAUUCAUAAAUUCAAUUUACACAUUUAAGCUAAACGUGCUUGACAAUGGGAUGGUGAUGGUGGUAUAUGAUGAGAGCUGAAAUGAGUGUGUGUUUUGCUUUUCAUUUUGGUUGUCUGUACUGAUUUAAAUGUAGAUAUUUUUGUCCACUCAACUGAUAAUUGUAUGCAGGGGUGCAACUUUCACUAGGGAUGCGGGGUGGGGACACAUUCUGAAAUGGCAUUUUUGUUCCCCCCCAGUUUUAUCAUUGGAAUGUGAUACAAAAUGAGGCAACGGUGUGCUUUAGGACCAUGAGGAUGUAGACUGUUUGGAGUGUUUAUCCGACUGGAUAAAACAUUUUUAAAAAGACAUGUCCACCCACUUCUAAAACCAAAGUUGCGCCCCUGAUCGUAUGGAUAAUUUGAUGUGGAACACAUAAGCACUCUUAAAAUGCACAAUACUGGGUUAUAAAGUUUAUGGCAAGGCUCAAGCCAGACUCAUCCAAUGUCAUUGUCUUAAAAACUAAAUUACUUCAAUCGGAAUUUUUACUAGCAACACAAGUAAAGUACUGCUUUAAAAGCUCAUUAUAUUUUGCAUACAUCAGACUUCCGAAAUUGUAUUUUAGCUACACUAGUCAGGCUUUACAAACUGUUAUUUUGAAAAAUCAAGGAAGGCUCAGGCGUCCACGCAUUUCAACACGGUUAAUUUGGAUAGACUUCUUUGGAUAGACUUUAUCAAUCAACUUGAUCGCUACCUGGGGCUCUGUCCCGCUCCUCUUAAAUGUCUUCCGUGUCUCCUCCACCUCCAUUUGCCCCUUGUCUACUUUUGUCCAGCCAUCAUUUCCACCAGCCAUCAGGAAACUACUAUCUACACUUCGUUAUUUUACUGAUGCCGGGUUGAUCUUAAUUCUAUUCAUCAACGUCUAACUAAUGCAUCACUUUGCUUUGUGUGUUCAAAAAAAGGAAGAGAUAACUUUCUCUUCUUAAUUUGUCUUAAGACUAACGAGCUACAUUUUAUGUGUGCUGCAGCUACUGUGACCAAUGAAAACACAACCAUUUGUAGACACAUUUUAGUGGCCAGUGGGAUUCCUCUUUGCAUAGGCAGGACAAUGUAAUGUAUAGAUGUUUGAUAAAAAAAACUGAGCGUAAAAGCCCUAGUAGCUUGUGCAUUGCUGAUGUGGUCAGAUGUUUGUAUAACUGUUCAAAGGGCUGUAAAAGAAACAUUUUAAUUCUAAAUCGUUUUUCUGUGGGGUACAGCACUGUUCCAGAAAAAUCUACGCCGUUUCAACCCUUGCCUGUUUUAAGUUAUCAGUUGGUGGUGCUUUGUAAAACGUAUAUUGUUCUUGAUAUUACUUUCUUUGUUACUUCUCCUGCAUUGGUCAGAGACUGCAGUUCUGUGCGGGGGUGUAAUUUACUGUAUACCAAUGUGACGCUUUGUAUUUUUUCCUUCUGGUUUUUUGGACUCAGUGAAAGUGUGAUGUUUACAUGUACAGAUUUUUCAAAAGACUUUUACUUUUCGUCCAUGUUAUUUUCUCACCCUACCCCGCCUGUUUCUAUUUACUCAGACAUGUCUUUAGUGCAUUGCAUCAAAUGCAGACAGAUGUGACUGCUUUGAACGGUGGUCAGAUCAGAUGACAUUCACAUGGCCAAAGUGAGGAUAGACUAAGACAACCAGGUUGGGGUUGAUAUCUGAUGAUGGCUGAUAGCCCUAUAGGGAUUCUGGAGUGAGAGGGAGCGUCACGCCAGUUCAAAGUGCACCGUGAAUAGCCUACCUCUGUCUGAGAUUUAUCAGUAGCAUAAUGAUACACGGAUCCCCCACUGAAGGAUUGCAGAUAACCCACCAGUUUUCCCCCUACUGAAUAGCCCUCUUUAACAUGCUGAUAGCAGCUCAUGGCAUCUGGUGUGGAAUUGAUUCAUUAGCAUUUAACUCAAUUACUGAGAAACACAAAACAUUUAAUAAUAGAACAUGUGUACAGUAGUUGAAACAUAGUGGCAGCCAAUCAUUUUAUGAUGAUUCAAUUAUGAUCACAUUCCCUGGUUGUUAUAAGGAACACUUUGACCUUUCGUAACAGCUCCUCAGUGAUGUGAUGUAAAAGCCAUUCCCCCUCUCCUGGUCCUCAAGGGGGAACACAGGAACCUCAGGAAACGCUGAAUCUCUGAGUUUAUUUUUUAUCCAUUAUGAUCUUUGCUGAUGACAGUAAAGUCUCUCUACCUAUUACCAUGACAUUUAUAUGAAACGUGUGUCAUUGUUUUGUACAUUAAUCAUUGUGAUCUAAAAGUGGAGCUUUUUCCAGUACCUGUGACUGAAUAUUUAGAUUUUUUUGAAAAGUGUUUAUAGGUAUAAAUAUUUAUUGAUAUAUGUGAAGCGACUAAAAAGACAAAAGAAAAGGCAGAAAUAUUGUCGUUUGUUUCAUGCAAAGCCGCCCAGACAGGAUAUUCUCUGCCUCUGACAUAUCACUAUUGAUGAGGGACUUGUGUUUGUUUUGAAAUAGAGCUUUUUUUCAGUGUAACGUCAACGCUACGGUAAAAAAUGUUGGUUACCAACAGCAGCAUUGCAAGGCUCUCUUCUGAGAUGUCAGUAACUGAAUAAAACAGUGCGAUGAGCUAUCAAACCGAAA